AUGGCUUUUGACCCAAUUACCUCGAUUAAUUAUAUUACACAACAGUUGAGGCAGUGGGAAAUAUUCGCUGAGUGGGAACAGCCGUGUCCGGAAAUGGAAAAAGUAGAAGAAGAAGGUGUGCCAGGAGAGUUCGGGAAGGUGUGCCACAUCAAGAAGCAGCGGAGGAAAAGACAGAAACUCCUCAUCAUAGAACUCUUCUUUGACUUCGCGAAGAAUACGACCCUUCAUGGCCUUCGGUAUAUCACUGAAGUUGGACUAACUGUUAUUGAGAAAGUGUUUUGGGUCCUCACAUUUCUGGCGAGUGUGGUCCUGUGCUUCAUCCUCAUUGAGCGAGUGUGGCACAAGUGGUGGUACAGUCCCGUUAUCGUCUCCUUCAACGAGAAGAUGGUCCCAGUUGGAGAGGUACCGUUUCCAUCAAUAACUAUAUGCCCGCAAUGGAAAUGUAAAACAUCAGCUUAUAACUAUACGGAUAAGAAGAUAAAAUAUCGACGGAGAUAUAAUAAUAUGAGCGAUAUCGACAUUGAGACUUAUAGCAACGAGAGGGUUUUACUGGAGGAUGCUUAUCUAGUAUGCGAAAAAUUCCAAUUUGAUUUAACAGGACGUACACGAACAAAUAAAUCCAUUGUAGAUCAUAUAGUAAAGAUGGCGCCAAAAGUGGAUGAAGUAAUGGCUUCAUGUCGAUGGAGAGGCAGUUACAAGCCGUGUAAAAGGAGCUUUAAAGAAGUGUUGACUCGUGAGGGCGUGUGCUUCAACUUUAAUGCACUGUCUUAUAACGACAUCUUCAGGACCGAAAGUAUCCAACAUGAUUACAAAUACCUGAAUUCUUCGGAUCCUAUUAAAAAUUGGGACAUAGUUUCUGGAUAUACAACAUCGAGUGAAAAUGUAACAGAGAAGACGAAGGAAUAUCCUCGGCGAGGACGGGAAAAUGGUGCGAAUCCGGAUCUAGAAAUUUUACUGCUUGAAGAUAGUGCAAAUAUCGAUGACUCGUGCAACAGUCUCUCUAAUGGCUGGAAAAUUUAUCUCCAGCAUCCGGCAGACAUGCCCCAAUCUUCGCUAUAUUAUUAUGCAGCCAUCGCGAAGCAAGUUACCUCCUUGGCUCUCAAAUUCAGUAUCCUCAAUACAUCGGAAAGUUUGUUCAACUACAAACCUGAGCAGCGCCAGUGCUACUUCCCCAAGGAUCGGGAUCUGAAGUACUUCGCAACAUACACUCCGGAUAACUGCCAGCUGGAAUGCUUGUCUUUAUACACCUACGAGAAAUGCAAGUGUGUGUGGUUCCACAUGCCGCAUGACAACGCCACUGAAAUAUGUACAGCAUCCCAACAAGCAUGCGUUGAAAAAGCACAAGAUGAAUUGGCAUCAAAUAACCUGAAGUAUGGAAAAUGUAACUGUUUGCCGUCUUGCGACAGUGUUCACUAUGAUGCAGAAAUCCUUAAAACCGAAUUCGAUCUACAGAAGUAUAAUAACUCCUUGAAAAUGGUUUAUAAUCAGACUUUAAAAGAUAAUCGCAGAUAUUCCCGCCUGGAGAUUUACUUCAAAGAGCCCCGUUUCGUGUCAAUGCGUCGCUCGGAGCUGUUCGGGCUGACGGACUUCUUGGCCAACUGUGGUGGGCUCCUGGGCUUGUUCCUCGGCUUUUCCUUCCUCAGCUUUGUGGAGAUCUUCUACUUCUGUACUUUGAGAUUGUGGUGUACCUUGAAAAAAGACAUGAAAAUUGAAAAGAAGAAGCUGAAAGAAAGCGUGUAUAAGAAAUAAUUUUGUCAACAUAAAUAUUUAGAAAUA